AUGUUAAUAAUCAAUGACACUACCAUCUUGAGGGCAUCUAAAGUUGUCAUUCGCGUCGGAUCCACCUACAAUGACCGCGGAGGCUCAAAGCAUGAGACGUCCAAGAUCUUGGUCCACGAGGAUUACAAAUAUUCGGAGAGUAAAGACAACGACGUUGCAGUGUUGGUGCUGUCGACCAGUGUGAGCAACUACCGGAGCAGCUCGGUGCAGCCAGCCGUCAUCCCCCCGGGGGGGUAUGUGGUCCCGGACAACGCGUCUGUGGUAGCUGUCGGGUGGGGACGGACUGAUAUGAAAUGCAUCAAGUCAAGCCCCAUCGGCCUGCGACUCGUGGGGCUGCGCAAGGUGGACCGAGACACCUGCGCCGCACGUUAUCCGAGAUUCUCAUACAACAACAUGCUCUGCGCGGGGCUGCUUGGUGUUGGAGGAGCCGGCACUUGCAAGGGUGACUCCGGUGGUCCCCUGGUGUACAACGGGGUGGUGGUGGGGGUGACCUCAUUUGCGAUGAGAUGCGCCGAUUCCUUCUACCCUCACGUGUUCACGCGCGUCUCUAGCUACACCAACUGGAUCAACAACACUUUACGACAAAACCAGGUUGAGGUUGUGCACAAGCUCAGUCACAACACCGCCGUGGCUGCUGACGUCAGCAGUUUGAUGCUACUCGCCUUCUAUGAUAUGUACUCGAAUAAUUGA